AUGAGUUAUCCUAAUAUAUAAGAAUUUAUAGAGGAUUUAGAAAAAGAAAAUGAAUUAUUAGGGAAAGGAACGUAUGGGGUAGUUUACAAAAUGAAAACAAAAAGGAUUAUUAACCCAGAAUUGGAAAAGUAGUAAGACCAAGUUCCGUUUGUAGGUCAAUAUUUAGCAGUAAAAAUGAUGGAUGCUAAAACUGAGAAAUCCUUUUCAACGAUUCAGAAAGAAUUCCUAAUUUUAAAGAGUUUACCCAAAUAGCAUCCAAAUAUUAUAAAAUUGUAUAAAGUAAUCCUUAAUUAUGAAAAGUUAUAGAGUUAUGCUUGGGCAAAUUAGAUUACUAAAACUUACACUCUUGUGUUAGUUAUGGAAUUAGCGGAUAAAAACUUAAUGAAAGAAAUAGAAGAGAGAAUAGCCUUAAAAAAGUAUUUUUCGGAUGACGAAUUGCAUCACAUAUUUUUAUAGUGUAUAUAAACACUAAAUGAUAUAAAAAUUCAUUCUAACAUUUAUCAUAGGUAAAAUAUUUUCUAAACUUUAGAGAUAUCAAACCUGAGAAUAUACUCAUGAAAUCAAGUGGUUUGUAAAUACUCCUUUCAGAUUUUGGUGUCUCUAGAAAAUUAAUGAAAGAAAAAUUACCAACUAUUGCAGGAACUCUAGUAGGUACCCCUUCAUAUUUAUCUCCUAUUUUAUGGAAUGCAUUUGAAUCUGGUUAAUUUUAAAUAGCAAAUAUUAAUAAGAUUGUACAUAAUUUUGAAAAAUCAGAUGUUUAUUCUCUAGGCAUAACUUUGCUAUAAACUACACUUUUACUGAGUUCUUAAAUCUAAAAAUUAAAUGCAGUAAUAUAAAUUAAUUGAUUUAGGGAGCAGAAGGAUAAUUGAGAACUCAAACUUUACUAAAAGGCGUUUAAAAUCCAAGAAUUUAGAAUAUUUUAACAAGAAUGUUAGAUCAUGAUGAAAAGCAAAGAGCUUCUUUUUAGGAAUUAAUAUAAUUAUUGAAUGAACCAAUACCAAAAUAAAUAGUUUCAAACAAAAAGCCUAUAUUUUCUAAUGUUGAACCAAAAAUUGGAAUUAAAGAAUAAUUUAGUUUAUAAGCAAAGAUGAAGUUUGAAAAAAACUAAACUGAAAUUGAUCAAACAUUUAAUAAUUAAAAAUUGGAUUAAUAAUAAGAAAAAAUUGAGUAAGUUGAUAACUUAGAAACAACUCAUGAAACAAAAAUAAUUCAAGAAGCCAUUCAAAACGAUGAAAAAGAAAAGUGACAUAC